GAAACGUUGGAUCCACCUCCGGCGCGUGACGUCACAGGGAAAGGGAGGAGCCCCGCGCGCUGAAUCGUCCGCGAGAGUCACGAGCGGCGUACAUCCAAACUUUUCCCUCACGGAUAAUUCAUGACAUUUCACAGUGUAAUCGUAAAAGGAUUCCUGGAGUCCCGCCAUGUUCAAGGCCGUGCUGAGGAAGAGCAGAGACAAUGGGAAAAACUGCAAGAAGGAUGCAGGGGAGCCGUACCUGCUCAGUGCCCAGCGGAGAUGUCCAGGUGGUGGGGUGCAAGAUGUGCAUCUGUCCACGGAGGAAAGCUUCAGAUUUGACCUGGCUAAAGGGGUUUCCAUGUCUCUCCCCUCCUCUCCUCUCUUGCCCCGUCAGACGUAUCUGAUGGCGCCCUGUAAGAAAUCUCCAGGACCUGCGAGAAAGCCGAAAUAUGUGGAGAGUCCACGUGUGCCCGGAGAUGCCAUCACAUCGCCCCUGAGGAAGGUGGGCGACACCACAUCUGAGCUGGCCGGUCCAAGCCCCUCCCCCGCCACACAGGAGUUGAUGACACGCUUGGGGUUCUUACUCGGUGAAGGCAUCCCGGGCUCUGCACGCAUACCUAUGGGCGACAAGAAUGAAAAAAAGUGUGCAGUAAAUCAGGGUAUCAGCCCGUGUUCGACUCUGACCAGCAGCACAGCGUCUCCGUGUACAGACAGCCCCUGUUCCACCUUAAACAGUAACAGCAGCCGGCCAGCAGCCAAUCACUGCAGUCCGUGUGGAACCAUCAUCAGCCCGAGCUCCACCCUCGAGAGCAAAGACAGUGGAAUCAUCGCCACCAUCACGAGUUCAUCUGAGAAUGACGACCGCAGCGGCUCCAGUCUGGAGUGGAGUAAAGAUGGCAGUAUAAGGAGCUGCGGUCAGCAUGCGCUGGUGCAGACGGCUGCACGGGCAGACGCAUGCUCUCCGGUGGCCGAGGAGGAAGGGUCAACGUCCGGGGCGGAGGGCAGAGCUAAAGUCGGUUUAGGAGCUGCAGGGUCCAGUUCGGAGGGACCGGUGCAGUACCACACGCAGACCUCAUCCAGUCUGAUGAUGCCUCGACCCAACUCAGUUGCGGCAACAAGCUCGACUAAGCUGGAGGAUUUGAGUUAUCUUGAUGAACAGAGAAACACCCCCCUGCGUACGUCCAUUCGCCUGCCCUGGCACAACACGGGUGGCAGAGCUCCACACGACAAAGCUCGCUUCACUCCAUACAAGCCCACAGACAUCAUGCUCAAACCGCUGCUGUUUGAAGUUCCCAGCAUCACCACUGACUCUGUGUUCGUGGGCCGUGAUUGGCUGUUCCAGCAGCUCGAGGAUGACCUGAGGCCCAGCCAAUCAGGCGAGAGCUCUGGGGUCAUCCUGGUGGGUAACGUGGGCUUUGGUAAAACUGCCAUCAUCUCCCGCCUGGUGGCACUCAGUUGCCAUGGAGGCCGCAUGCGACAGAUCGCAUCCAACAGCCCGAGCGCUUCACCAAAAUGUGUUGAGCAGAAUUCAGAUUUGCCUCUGAGUCAGCCGCCUCAAUCCACUCCUCCUCCUAGUGCCACAAACACCCUGAGGUCCAGCAGCUGUCCCAGUACACCAGAGCUUCAGCGACGGCGAGAGGAGGCUGUCAAACGCCUGGCUGCAAAGGUAGUGGCGUAUCAUUACUGCCAGGCUGAUAACACGUAUACGUGUCUGGUCCCUGAGUUUGUACACAGUGUGUCUGCUCUCCUGUGUCGAUCCCAUCAGCUAACAGCAUACAGAGAACUGCUGCUGAAAGAGCCUCAUCUACAGAGCAUGCUCAGUCUGCGCUCCUGCGUACAGGACCCUACAGCUGCCUUCCGUAGAGGUGUCCUUCAGCCGCUCAUCAACCUGCGCAAAGAGAGGAAGAUUCCUGAGGAAGACUACAUCAUCUUGAUUGACGGACUUAAUGAGGCGGAGUUUCACAAGCCAGAUUAUGGUGACACCAUCGCCUCCUUCAUAACCAAGAUCAUCUGUAGGUUCCCCAGCUGGCUGAAGCUGAUCGUCACCGUGAGGUCCAGUCUGCUGGACAUCACCAGUCUAUUGAACUUCCCUAAGAUCAGCCUGGAUGAAUUCCCUGACAAUCCAGAGAUCAGCGCGGACCUCAACUCCUACAUCCAGCACCGCAUCAACAGCAGCCAGAACAUUCCCAACAACAUCUCUUUAAACUGUAAAGCCGACCCCGUCGUAGUAGGCAAGGUCAGCUCUCAUCUCAUCUCCCGCAGUCAGGGGUCAUACCUGUACCUGAAGCUGACCCUUGACCUCUUCGAGAAGGGUCAUCUGGUCAUUAAGAGCGCCAGCUACAAGGUGGUGCCCGUCUCUCUGUCUGAACUUUACCUGCUUCAGUGCAACAUGAAGUUCAUGAGCAACUCUGCGUUCGAGCGUGCCGUGCCCAUUCUGAACGUAGCGUUGGCGUCUCUUCACCCGCUGACGGACGAGCAGCUGUUUCAUGCGCUGAACGCCGGCACUGUGAGAGGAGAGAUGCCGUGGGAGGAUUUCCAGCAGAGGAUGGACACGCUUUCGUGUUUUCUGAUUAAACGGAGGGAUAAAACGCGGAUGUUUUGUCAUCCUUCCUUCAGAGAGUGGCUUGUGUGGCGAGGGGACGGAGAGAGCUCAGAGUUUCUCUGUGAUCCCAGGAGUGGACAUGCCCUGAUGGCGUUCAUGUUGUCCAGACAGGAGGGGAAGUUAAACAGACAACAGACUAUGGAGCUAGGCCACCACAUCUUAAAGGCACACAUCUUUAAGGUACCCGCAUUUCUCAAUACGCAUGCCUUCAAGCUGAAUGCAUUUCUUAAAUGGGACCUGCAUGUUUUUAUUCUGAUGUAUACAUUAAAUAUUUUAUUAUUAGAUUUGGUGACCCUUGUGUGUGUGUGUGAUCUUUUGAAGGGUCUGAGUAAGAAGACCGGCGUGUCCUCCAGUGUUCUUCAGGCUUUAUGGAUCAGCUGCAGUACUGAUGGUCUGUCUGCUGCUUUGGCCUCCCUCAGGAACCUCUACACACCCAAUGUCAAGGUGAGUCGUCUGCUGCUGUUGGGUGGUGUGAACGUCAACUAUCGCACGGAAGUUUUAAACAACGCCCCGGUUCUGUGCGUGCAGUCUCAUUUGGGUCAUCAGGAGAUGGUUUCCCUGCUCCUGGAGUUUGGUGCGAAUGCAGACGUGGUCUCGGAGAACGGGAUGAGCUCUUUGUGUUACGCCGCUGCCGCUGGUCAUUUGGGAGUAGUCGAUCUUCUCUGUAGGAGAGGAGCAAAGGUGGAUCACGUGGACAAAAGCGGUCAAUGUGCAUUAGUGCACGCGGCUCUCCGAGGUCAUCCUGAGAUCAUCGAGUGCCUGCUGGAGCUCACCUGGAGCCAUGAGAGUCAACAGGUGGACCUCGGUCUGAAGAAUAAAGUCCUGCAGCAGGGACUCAUAGCGGCCUGUAGUAUGGGACAUACACACGUGAUGGAAAGUCUGUUGAUGUUGAAUAAUGAACCGACCGUGCAGAUUGAUGCUCAUGACACGCUGUGGGGCGAAACAGCUCUGACGGCGGCCGCAGGACGAGGAAAGUUGGAGGUGUGUAGUUUACUGUUGGAGCGGGAGGCGCAGGUGCAGCAGGUGAACAGAAGAGGGGCGUGUGCGCUCUUCUGCGCAGUCCGUCAGGGACACUGGCAGAUUGCAGAUCUGUUAUUGCAACACGGCGCCGAUGUGAACGUCAGUGAUAAACAGGGUCGCACUUUACUGAUGGUCGCAGCUUGCGAGGGACAUCUAAGUACUGCUGACUUUCUGUUAUCUAAAGGUGCUUCUUUAACAUCAGUGGAUAAGGAGGGGUUAACUCCUCUCAGCUGGGCGUGUUUAAAAGGACAUAAGAAUAUCGUUCAGUUUUUGGUGGAGAAGGGUGCGGUUAUUGAACACUCGGACAAGAACGGCCGCACUCCUCUGGACCUGGCAGCUUUUUAUGGCGAUGCAGACAUUGUGCAUUAUCUGGUUGAGAAGGGCGCUGUGAUUGAACACGUGGACUACAGUGGCAUGCGAGCGCUGGAUCGAGCCAUCGGCUGUAGGAACACAUCUGUAGUGCUCACGUUACUCAAGAAAGGAGCUAAACUAGGUAACGCAGCCUGGGCCAUGGCCACAUCCAAACCCGAUAUCCUCAUUAUUCUCCUGCAGAAACUUAUGGAGGAAGGCAAUCUACUGUAUAAAAGAGGGAAGAUGAAGGAGGCGGCUCAGAGGUAUCAGUACGCAUUGAGAAAGUUUCCCAGAGAGGGUUUCGGUGAUGAACUCAAGGCUUUUAAGGAGCUCCGGGUGUCUUUGUAUCUCAAUCUGUCUCGCUGUCGCCGGAAAACUAACGACUUUGGCAUGGCUGAGGAGUUCGCAACGAAGGCUCUGGAGCUCAAACCCAAAUCGUACGAGGCGUACUACGCUCGAGCCCGCGCCAAACGAAGCAGCAGACAGUUCACUGCGGCGUUAGCCGACUUGCAUGAAGCCUCCAAACUCUGUCCAAAUAACCGUGAGAUCUGUCGUCUGCUGGCCCGCGUGGAAGAAGAGUGUAAACAAAUGCAGCAAGCUCAGAUCAAACAAACAAACCCGACGGCUCCGGAUCAGGAAUGCUGCGAACCGGAGGACGACGACGAAAUGACGGAGCGCAGCCUAGGACGCGAUGUCGACGAAGAAGAUGAGGAGGCUUCUGAGGGCUGGUCGCAAAACAUUUACUCCCUCAAUCGGACUGUGACGGAUUCUAACGGUCAACAGUCGGGCCGUUCGGUUUCACCUCCUCACAGGCAAAGCCUUCGACACCAGCACAGAGAGUCUGUGGCUCAGAAGAGUUUCAGCAAACACGCCCAGAUUGUCAAAACCAACCAGCACCACGGCUCUUUACAGGCAGGAUCUACACGACCCCCAAAUACCAAGACCCAAUCGCAGUAUGCGCCCUCCAGUCCGAUCCCAAGCCGGCACAUAUCUAGCGUGCUGAAAGCGGGUCCGGGUAUCGACAUCAGCCCUCUGCCGACCAGCAGCGACAACGCAGGACGAUCGAGCCGUCGUGAAAUCGAAGAUCACCACCUCGUGCCGGUUCGCUCCUCCAAGACGCAAGAGCGAAUCUCAGCUCAGUCUUUGGAGGGGAUGGUGCUCUCCACGGCCACGGGAGACUCGAGAAAGGACUGGAAUCACGGGCCGGGUUCACAGACCAGCAGCAUGCGCGUCUCCAGCUCCACCAGCAGUCUGGCGUCCAGCAGCAGCUUAUCCGACGGUGGAAAGUCACAAGGCCCGGACGUGCGAACCAAAACCGUCUCGGACAAACCUAAGAUCGGCCAAGGAUGCUCUAAACCGAGGCCGUUUAUGGGGAUCAUGGACAAAACGGCUCGCUUUCAACAGCCGCCACCGAGUCAUCCGCCGAUAUCUCGUGGUUGGCAGAGUCAAUCUACGGAAGGGCUGGUUUGCCACAGCGUCUCGUCUACUGGUGUGAACUGCGAACUCGCGUACGCCAAACCACCCGCCGCUUUCAAAACUCCGUCCCUGAGCGUUCAGCACAACGGCAGUCUGCACACGAAAGAUUUUGACAAGUUUUGCCCAACCGCCGCCUGUCACAAAGACUCCAAACCAUCUGUAGGACUGGCUCAUUCCUUUACAGACAGUACGGCCAAACAAGCCGGCCUCGCUCGAGAAAACCCCAACAUUCAUGUAGCCUCAAUGAAACCAAAGAGAUCCUUUAUAGAGUCAAAUGUUUAAGGUGUAUUUCAUAUGCAACAGAUACAAGCGUCAACAGCUGUUAAGCUUUUUAGUAGUGGAGCUUUAUCGGUUUUCCUGAUAAAUAUAUACACAGUAUAUACACAACUGGUGAAAAGUUUAGGAUCACUUGACUUAAUUGUUUCUCAUGAUCUUACAAAGCUUUUGAUUUGCAUAAAUGCUUGAAAUUAGAAAUAUUGACUGUGCCAAAAUAUUUCUUUUAUUACAAAAAACGACUUUCAAGAAAACAUUUUCUUAGUAUUUUUGUUUUGUUUUCAGUAAAAAUAUCUAAAAAAAAUUUAAAUUAAGAUGCUUUGUCUUGAUGAGCAAAACCACCCAAGAAAAUUGUCUAGUUUUUAGACCCAAAAUAUCAAAUUUAAGUGAUUUUGUGCAUAAAACAAGCAAAAAUGGGAAUGGGAAAAGCAAAAAAAAAAAAUAUUGAAAAUUUUUCUUAAACACUAAAUUAAAGAAAAAUUUAAGAAAAUUUUGCUUACCCCAUUGGCAGUUUUUUUGCUUGUUUUAUUUAAUUUAUACUGAAAACAAGAAAAAAAUACUAAGAAUUUUUUUCUUAAAUCAUUUUUUGCAGUGUGUACUAUUAGUUUUUAUAAUUGCAAACUUCCACACUGCAAAAAAAAAAUUCAAGAAAAAAAUUCGUAGUAUUUUUGUUUUCAGUAAAAAUAUCUAAAAAUUCUUAAAUUAAGAUGCUUUUUCUUGAUGUGCAAACCACGACCCAAGAAAUUAAGUCUAGUUUUUAGACCAAAAAUAUCAAAAAAAUAUUGAACAUUUUUCUUAAAAACUUAAUUCAAGAAAAAAUAGCUUACCUCAUUGGCAGAUUUUUUUGCUUAGUAUUUUUGUUUUGUUUUCGGUAAAAAAUAAAAUAUAAGAUUUUUUUUCUUGAAAAUAAUUUUUUGCAGAGUGAACUAUUAGUUUUUAUAAAUGCAAAUUCCACACUGCAAAAAAUGAUUUUCAAGAAAAAAAUUAAACAUUCUAAAAUUCUUAAAUUAAGAUGCUUUUUCUUGAUGAGCAAAAUGAUCAAGAAAAUAAUUCUAGUUUUUUGCCCAAAAAUAUCAUAUUUAAGUGAUUUUGUGCAUAAAACUGGCAAGAAAGUGUGUCAAUGGGGAAAGCAAAUUUUUCUUGAAUUUUUCACAACAAUUUAGUGUUUAAGAAAAAUGUUCAAGAUUUUUUGCUUACCCCAUUGGCAGAUGUUUUUGCUUGUUUUAUGGCACAAAAUCACUUAAAUUUGAUAUUUUGGUCUAAACACUAGACUUUCUUUAUGAGCAAAACAACCCAAGAAAAUAAAAGCAUCUUAAUUUAAGAAUUUUUUGAUAUUUUUACUGAAAACAAGACAAAAAUACUAAGAAAAUGUUUUCUUGAAAGUCAUUUUUUGCAGUGUACAAACUGUGCCAAAAUAUUUCUUUAAUUACAAAACAUUGUACUAUUAGUUUUUAUAAUUACAAACUUCCAUAGUUUAAAUAUUUAAAUGAUAAAGUUAUAUAAAAACUAGGAGUUUUGUAUGAAGCCAAACUGAAGUCACUUUUUAUAAUUUUGAGUUGUUUUCUGCUUUUCCUUUAUUGUCUGCUUUGUUCAAAUUUGCAGAUGUUUGUAUUUAUCUAUAAGCUUUAAAUCUGUGAAGAUCGUGAGGAACAUAAAUACAGUCGAGCUUGUCCAAACUUCUGAUUUAUUUACACAAAAUCAACACAAGACUAACAACCUUUUUUAUUAGACACAGCACAUUUAUACUCUGAAGUUCAGACUCAGUAAAACGGAUAUUAAUCUGCCAAGCAGGUACAGCUCACUAAUACUGAUAAAACACAGACAGCAGACGACUCUGGGCCGGAUCGGGCCCAGAGUUGUCUGCAGUCUGUGAAUAUGAAUGCGUUUUAAACCCUUAAAAAGGGUUGAUGACAUCUUCACCAGAGCUGCUGAUUUACUGUCAGAUCAUCUUUGGGCUCGUGAGGAGCUUCAUGUUGACCAGCGUUCCUCUUAUAAUACAGAUCUGACUCUUUAACAGUGUACAUAUAUUGUCACAGUGUGUAUUGUUUGUGUUCGAUCUUUUCCAUGCAUUUUUGGAUGCCAUAAUGUUUGAUGUUACUAAAGAAAAACUGUACCUGGGUUUGUAUGUUUGUAUAUUUGAAUUUGCUCUUCAGUGUUGAAGUCUAUUCUUUCCUUGUACCUGCUUGUUGUUCCUGUCUAGAUUAAUUUAUUUACGGCUUUGUUUUUGGCGACUGUAAAGCAAUAUAUUUUAUAUAGUUAUUUUUGCACAGCUACUUAAAAGAGAAAUACAAAUGGGAGGCUAAGUGUGAGUGCACGAUACAGAUAAAAGAUUUAGAGAAAUGAUAUAAUGAUGUUAGGUCUGAGAUGAGCAGCAGGUAUUUUUUAAUGUGUAUACAGUGUAUAUUUUUUUCUGCAACUGUUGCCUCAUUCUGUGAACUGUACAAUCUGUUAUUAUAUACUGUAUCAAAAAUAAAUUUCUGCCAUGAUCCACCUAAAA